GCUACGGACAAAGGGUUCCAAUAGUCCACUUCGCGGUGGAGUGAAGCGCGCGCGCACUUGAAUGCGCGACGUAACGUAGCGCGCACGCGCGGAACUUGAGUCGAAGGAACGUAGUUCGCGAUCAAAAUGAUGCUCGCCGGUGCGCAGAUUGUUGACGAAAGUAGUGUAGCGUAUACAUCCGGGAAAUCUGGAAAUACCGGGACUAGUGCCACGAUGCCUCCCGAAGAAGGGUCAUCCCGGGAAGCCCAGCCCGUUGGCUGGAACCCUGCGUCUGCGCAGGGUCUUCACAUGGUCCCCAAAGUUGAUCCAGUGGACAUACAUUUCAGCAAUAUCACGUGCACAGUCAAAUUGGGAAUAAAUAAAGGUAGCAAACAAAUUCUCCAUGGAGUCAAUGGCAGACUUCGUCCCCGUCAGCUUAUCGCCAUCAUGGGACCUUCAGGAGCUGGAAAGUCUACGCUCCUGGAUGUAUUGUCUGGGUACCGCAUCACCGGCGUCGGAGGAGCAGUCUUCAUUAAUGGCAGAGGAAGGAUAAUGAAGAGGUUCAAGAGGAUGUCAUGUUACAUCCAGCAAGACGACCGGCUCCAGGGUCUACUGACAGUGGGAGAGAACAUGGCGUUAGCAGCCGAUUUGAAGCUGCCCACCAAGUUAGACAAAUAUGAGAAGGGAGAAGUUAUUGAGGACAUCCUAACAAACCUGGGUCUGUACGAGCAUAUGAACACAAGAGGGGCCCAGCUUUCCGGAGGUCAGAGAAAGAGGCUGUCCAUUGCUCUGGAGCUGAUCAACAAUCCUCUCAUCAUGUUCCUCGAUGAACCUACUACAGGUCUAGACAGUUCAUCAUGCACACAAGUAGUCCAGCUCUGCCAAACCUUGGCUCACCAGGGUCGAACCAUCAUAUGUACCGUGCACCAACCUUCGGCAUCACUGUUCGCACUGUUUGACCAGGUGUAUGUCCUGGCUGCUGGUCGUUGCAUGUAUCAGGGUACCACGAAGAACUUAGUACCUUAUUUGCAACAAGCUGGGAUUCCUUGUCCCAAAUACCAUAAUCCUGCUGAUUAUAUAAUCGAACUCUCCUGUGGUGAAUACGGCCAAGACAAAAUAGACCUUAUGGCAAACAAAUCAGAGAAUGGCAAAGCGCUGGACUGGUUUGAAGACCACCAGUCCAUCCCCUCUAUGGAAGGUCUACGUAAACUGGUGCCACUCAGUGUGUUGAGAGAUACAGAACCUACAGGAGGAGAUGAGGAAACCAGUCAGUCCAACCAGCUCAGCGUACUUAUGAAGAGAGGAUUCUUAAAGGCCAAGAGGGAUGCGACGAUGACUCACCUGCGUUUGAUAGUGAACGUGGUGGUAGGUAUAAUGUUGGGAAGCCUGUUCAUCAAUGCUGGUAACAAAGGCGAAAGAGUGCUGGAGAACUACAACUUGCUGUUCGCCAUCCUCAUGCACCACAUGAUGUCUCCUAUGAUGUUGACAAUUCUCACUUUCCCUAAUGAGAUGUCGAUAUUGUCCAAAGAACACUUCAACAGAUGGUACUCCUUGGGAUCAUAUUACAUAUCAAUAACAAUUGUCGAUCUACCUAUAUCGAUAGUAGGCUGCGCAGUGUUCAGUGUGAUAGUGUACACGAUGUCGUCUCAGCCGCUGGAGAUCGCGAGGUUUGCAAUGUUUUUCGCGAUCUCGCUGUACACCGUGCUGGUGGCGCAGAGCUUUGGGCUCAUGAUCGGCGCCGUCUUCAGCGUUGUUAACGGCACAUUCUUGGGCCCAACACUGUCAGUACCAAUGAUGAUGUUCGCUGGUUUCGGAGUCACCCUCCGGGACCUGCCAUCAUACUUGCGCUGGGGAUCCUACAUCUCUUACCUGAGAUAUGGACUUGAAGGGUUCAUCGGCGCCAUUUAUGGACUGGGUAGACCUAUCCUCGACUGCGAGUCUUUGUACUGUCAUUACAAACAUCCCCGUACAUUCUUAAACGAGGUGGCGAUGUCUCCUGAUGAGUUCUGGUGGGAUGUGUUGGCACUCUCCGUGUUCGUGGUGACCCUCAGGAUUGCAGCCUUCGUCCUACUGAAGUGGAAACUGGAUGCCGUACGAUAAAUGUGAAUAAUUGUAAUUGUAGGUAGACUAAAGACGGUUCACUCGUAAGUCAUUAUUCGCGAAGAAGAAAUGAUUAAUAAUAGGGCAGUUUCCUUCAAUUGUAGAAAGAAAUAUUUUAACAAACUUGAGUGCGCAAGUGUAAUAGGGAUCGAAAGUACCUACCUUAACAUGUCAUUUACUUUUAAUAGUGAUGAAUUAAAGUUAUUCCACUGAUUACAUUUUUGCUUAUGUUUAUUAGGAGUGAGUGAUAACGAUUGAGAGAAAUUUUGUAAACUACCCUAUUAUAAAAUCAAAUAAUAAAUUUAGUUAUAGUAGAAAGUGAUUGAAUACGACUUAAUUGAAUGAAAUGAUUGAAUUUAUUUGUGAUAACAUAUCGUAGAAUGUUAAAUACUAUCCUCUUAUAUUCAACGGUGAAAUCGGGACUUUUUGCUCAGAGAUACUUUUUUAAUAAAAGACAAGCGUUUAAGACAUAAUAUCUUGAGCGCAGUAAGAAAUCAUAGUAGCUGAAAUCAAACAAAAAUAUUAUUACGUUUCCGAAAACGAAGCUCCUAGAUAAAUUGUUGCAAAUCGUAACUUUGCUAUGACUACUACGAAAGUCUACGAAAAUUGAGAUUUCGUAGCACUCGUAGCAAAUUAUUUGUAUUUUUUUUUCUAAUAAUAUUGGUGUUCAUGUUAAUAAAUCAUUUAUUUAUUUAUUAACUGAUUUUAAGUAGAAAAUUGCAAAUACGAAUAUACGAUGUAUUAAAAUAAAUAAACUUAAUAUGUUUUUUUGCUGAGCAUUAAAAGUCUCAAUCACUUUAUAAAAAUUCCGUGUUUUCGAGUACUAGAAAUAAGCACUAUAAGUCUUAUACGAUGGGUCCAAAGGUAAAAAACUGUGAUAAGUGUCCAAAAUGCUUUUAAAUCAAACUAAACUUCAUUCAGUUAUUUUAAACCUUAUAAAGUGGUACAAAGAGUUGCAAGUAAGUUUUUAUCUUCUCAACUUAUAUUACUUGUUUAAAAGACAAGGCUGUGAAGGCUACUUUUCCUAUUAAACUUACUGAAGAUAAAUUUUGACGUGAAAUAGAAAAUAUUUUGUUUUAAUGUCAUAAUAUGGGAUCGUCAAAUUUAAAACUUAAUAACAUUUUAAUUGCAAGCAUUGCAUUUUUAGCUCUACAACAUUCUUUAGGGAAAUGUUUGCUUGUAAUUACAAUGUGAAAUAAGCCUUCGUUAUUAAGUAUAGGGUUACUUUUAGAUAAAUUGUCAUUUAUCAUGUUUCCGUACCUACCAGUUUGUAGGAGCUGUACACAAAUAUUUGUGUUAGGCUGGGCGCAAACGUGGACUCUUUCAAGUUCGAUAUCAGACGCAAACAUUUAAGCUAUAUCUGUUUACCUAAGUUAAUUAACAACAUAAUAAUUUUGUUAAAUCCUCUUCAAUAACAAUACCCUAAAUUGUAUGUGUUAUAUUUUUGUAAAUCGUUCUUGCUACGACUACUACGAAAGUUUACAAGAAAGUUUACUGGAAGUGUCUUCGUUUGCGCAGCGCCUUAGUAUACUUGCCUAUGUUAGUUGCUCAAUUAGGUAUUUAUUCGUAUCUAGGUCUAGAACUAUAUACCUAUAGGCUGUACUGAAUUUAUAUGUAGCUAGAACUAAGUAUAUAAUGGUGAUAAUUAUUGUACAUAUGCCUUUUUUGUAACAAUAAACUUUUUAUUUUGGUUA